AUGGACCAGGAUUAUCCAGGCCUCCCCCCCAAUCCAGCCAACCACUUGUGGACCAAACAGGACGAUCUUCAUAUACAAAUAGUGCUUCCUCUCUGGACAAAAGACGAACUUGUGAAAUGUUUUGAAGUGACACCGAGGAACACAAAGUUUCUGAAUACACUACAUGAAUCCUUCGAUGAGCAUGGAAACGCGAAAGCAGGCGUCGAUCAAAACAUUGCCAGUCGCUUCAAGUCAGCUUUGGAGCAAGCACGUCUACAAGCAGACACGCAUCCCGGCCCACUCGACCGCACCAGCAAGCUGUCUGUGCUAAUCGAUGUCGCCAUGGCCAAAUUCGGCCCUUUAGUCCGCGACGUCUUCACAGCCGUCGUCGACCCGUCGUGUGUAGAAGCGAAACUGGAAGACGCUCUAAUGAGCCUCAACUUGGACCAUCUAGCUACUGCUGUUACGUCGACUGCCAACCCGUUCUUACCAGGAACUUCACAUUGGAUCAUUCCCGUGGCUGCCGACGGUGAACAGAUCCAUAAGGUUGCUGUAAAUCCAGAGUUGAGGAUCACCAUCAGAUCAACAGAUGUCGCAAAUCGGGCAAUGCGUCGACUGCGACAACAUCAACUUGAGACUGAAAGAAUCAUUCACUCCUGUGUCAAGUUAUUUUCCCUUCAGUGUGCAUGGUGGCUAGCUGGUUGGUUGUUUAAAGGUGUUGCCCCGCGAUUCCUCGUAACAUCCUUUAGUUCAUAUGGUGCCUACAGAUCCCACGAAUACCUCUAA